AUGGCAUCAAGCAAUGAUCCCGCCAAGAUCUCCAGAUGCACAACUUGCACGUUCAAGGAAGAUUUCUCCAAUUACUGGACCGCGGUUCUCUAUUUUUGGCACGCCAAUGGAUCCUUCAAGCGGGUUCCUCAAAUGCCCGGGCAGUACCUAGGGAACCCGAACGGUGGGAUGUCGAUCUACUACAUUCAGCCAACCAACGGCCAGCACGUCACCGCUUUCAAGAAGGUAAUUCCCAGCCUCUCGUUCAGAAUGUCCAGCCUGACAUAUGACAAGGGCUUCCGCAUGAUCGUGAGAGACGCCAUGGUCCGCACAAUGAACACUUCGUCACCCGAAGCUACGUCACUCAAUUUCCGAUGCCUCGAUGCCAAUUAUGGUAAUGGUGGCGUCGUGGGCGCCCCUGGGACUGAUUCCAACGCCCUCCCAACACAACCAUGCGCUGGUGGUAUACGCUCCCAGAUUGUCUUCCCAGCAUGCUGGGAUGGCAUUAACCUCGACAGCCCAGACCACAAGAGCCACGUUGCAUACCCUACUAACGGCGCGUGCUCCUCCAUCCACCCCGUCGCGUUGCCUCAACUUUUCAUCGAGACGAUUUGGGAUACAAGGCAGUUCAAUAGCAUGUGGCCGAGUAAUGGCAAGCAGCCCUUCGUUUACAGCAUGGGAGAUCCCAUCGGCGUCGCCCAGCAUGCUGACUACGCAUUUGGGUGGGAUGGCGACUCUCUCCAGCGCGCCAUAGACGCUUGCACAGAUUCAUCUGGGCAAAGCUGCCCAGUCCUAACGGGGCAGACAGAUGCCCAGAUCAAUGCUUGUACUCAGCAGCCGCGGGUCGCCGAAGCUUAUGAAGGAUGGCUCCCUGCGCUUCCUGGCUGCAACCCAAUUCAACCCGGCCCCGCUCGCGCGACGAUGGCGAGCGACUGUGGCGCACCGACGACCUGGAUCGGAAGCGACCCGGCGGCAGCCCCUCCCAGCCCCGCCACCACUGCCGUUCCACCGCCCACAACCCCUGCUCCCGGAGCCGCUUUACAGACUCACUACGGGCAGUGCGGAGGCUCUGGAUACACUGGCCCGACGACUUGUCAGAGUCCCUAUACCUGCCAGUUCUCGAACGACUGGUACUCCCAGUGCCUGGAAAUGGGUGGGUUGGGCCAUGUUAGGCACCCGGCGUCUAAGUCCUUUUCGAAGACCGGAGAGCCGUCGGAGGGGUGA